GUUUAAACUUCUUGCAUCACAGACCAACACAUUUAAUGGAAGACGAGCAGCUUAAAGAAAGGUUUCUGCCAUCGCUACAAGCCUCAGCAUCUGUAGCUGUCUGUUUGAUGCUUGACUUUUUUGGGUGUCUGGAUUAAUUCUGACCGAAUCAUGUCAGACCCUAUACUGGAAGAAAUCUUCAUUAAACGAUCUCAGCAGAAGAAGAAGACAUCCCCUUUGAACUACAAGGAGAGAUGGUUUGUUCUCACCCAGGAAAAAGUAGCCUACUAUGAUUUUGAUCCUGACAAAGGCAAGCGAAAAGGUUUGAGAGGAUCAGUUGACCUUGAGAAGAUCAAGUGUGUAGAGACGGUCCAGACGGAGCCCAACUCCCCACUCGAGCGCAUGUAUGCUUUCCAGAUCGUUUAUGAUGAAGGGCCGUUGUACAUUUUUGCAAAGACUGAAGAUAUCCGUGCUCAUUGGAUAAAGAAGCUAAAGGAAAUGGUGCGCUUCAACAAGGACCUGAUGCAGAAAUACCAUCCUUGUUUCUGGGUCGAUGGGGUGUGGCUGUGCUGCCAGCAGGAAGUUAAACAAGCUAUGGGUUGCAAGGUGCUGGAUAGUAAGAACGGCUUUACAUCUAAACCAUCUCGGCGAAGGGGAUCCAGGAAACCUCUUCCUCCCACCCCAACAGAGGAGAAGCCGGGUCGGCCUUUACCUCCACAGCCUCCUGAGCCACCUGCCCCUUCUGCCGGCAUGACUGUCAUAGCUGAGUAUAACUACACACCCAUGACAGAACAAGACCUGGAGCUGAGGAAGGAUGAAGAGUACACCAUCCUCGAGAUGGCUGACACAAACUGGUGGAGAGCCCGAGACAAAUAUGGCAAAGAAGGAUACAUACCUAGUAAUUAUGUUGUUGAAGCAGAAAGUGGGCUAGAAAGAUUUGACUGGUAUUGCAAGAACAUGAACCGUAGCCAGGCAGAAAAGCUGUUAAAGACUGAGAACAAAGAUGGAGGCUUCUUGGUACGGGACUCAAGCAAGGCCGGGAAAUACACUGUGUCUUUGUUCAGUAAGGGUGGCGUGGAAACAGGCGGAAGCUGCAGACAUUAUAACAUCUGCACCACCCCACAGGGACAGUUUUAUCUUGCAGAGAAGCAUCAUUUCAGCAGCAUCCCCGACCUCAUCAAGUACCACCAGCACAAUUCAGCAGGUAUGGUUAGCAGGCUGAAAUACAUUGUUUCUAACCGGGCGCGGCCCCCAUCAACAGCAGGGCUUGGCUAUGGUGUGUGGGAGAUUGACCCCCGUCACCUCACCUUCAUCAAAGAGCUGGGCACCGGUCAGUUCGGAGUGGUGAAGUAUGGGAAGUGGCAGGGCCAGCAUGACGUGGCCAUUAAGAUGAUUAAAGAGGGCUCCAUGUCUGAAGAUGAUUUCAUUGAAGAGGCCAAAACCAUGAUGAAGCUUCGCCAUGAGAACCUGGUCCAGCUGUAUGGUGUCUGCACUACACAAAGACCCAUUUACAUAGUGACUGAGUUCCUUUCAAAUGGCUGCUUGCUGACUUACCUCAGGGAAGGCCUGAAGCAGCACCCAACAACUGUCCAGUUCCUAGAGAUGUGUAAAGACGUCUCUGAGGGCAUGGCCUAUCUUGAGUCAAAUCAGUACAUCCACAGAGACCUGGCCGCCAGGAACUGUUUAGUAGAUGGCAAUGGAACUGUCAAAGUGACUGACUUUGGACUGUCAAGGUAUGUCUUAGACGAUGAGUACACAAGCUCAGCAGGUUCCAAGUUCCCUGUUCGCUGGUCACCUCCUGAGGUCCUCCUGUACUGCAAAUUCAGCAGCAAGUCAGAUAUCUGGGCAUAUGGGGUUCUGAUGUGGGAGGUGUACACUUUGGGGCGGCUUCCAUAUGAACGCCUAAACAACACGGAAAUAGUGGAUCAGGUGUCCCGAGGCCUGCGCCUCUACCGCCCCCAGCUGGCCAACGAAAAAGUCUACAGCAUUAUGUCAAGCUGUUGGAUCGAUAAAGCAGAUGAGAGACCCACCUUUCAAGAGCUGUCACUGUCUGUUCAGGAUUUGCUGUAUGAGCUCCAGUAGAUCACAAAAUGAUCCACACACACAAACAGUUCACUCUGAUCCCCACAGAGCAGCAUCUCCGGCUGUCCCUGGAAAGUUAACACAAUGUUAAAACAGUUAACAACUUGAACAUGAGACAACACAGCCACAUUGAGGUCCUCUGUAAUGUGAAUAUGUGUACUGUGAAUGUCAUUAUAGCUCAAUGAUUAGAAAAGCUCUUUUAUCACAUAAGUACAGUCCUAUAGAUCAGCAUUUAAUAUGUGUAUAUUUUAUUGAAGGUUAAUGGAUUAAAAUUAUUGUAUGUCUUUAUUGUAUUCUGUGGAAUCAUUGUGGGAUGUAGAUGACUUUGCAUGAGGAAACAAGCUUUGUAAAAGCAGAUGUAUUGCACAAAUAAAAGCCAAGUAUGAUAGGCUUUGAAAUGACUGAAACAUCAUGUGAAAUGAAAAUGAGAAAACAUCUACAGUAAUAGGCCUAUUCAUGUAAUAUGAACUCUUUUGUAGUGUAGUAAUAAUAAUACUUUUGCAUUGGUUGGCAUUUGCUUUAUUUGUUUAAUUUGAUCAUUUAUAAUAAGAACUUUAUUUAGAACAAUGUCACACAUAACAAGGGUGACAUGACAACUACAAUCAGACAUCCAUUUAAUCAGUUUUUAAAGAGUAAAGUACAUUUAAAAAGAUAAGAUUUACAUUUUAAAGUAAAAAGUCUGAACAUACAAAGAUCAUGAAUGAUGAUACAUUUAGACAGAGAAAAUAUAAUUAAGUAAAAAUAAACAAAUUUCUUUAAUAACA